GAGUUAUCCCCGCGGCAACGUUUAUGAAUAAUUACGCAGAACGCCGUGAGUUGUGAUGGGUUUGCAUUCAGCCGAAACUCUUAGUUAUGGUCUCAUUUUCACGACGCAAAUCUUUAGCAGCGUUGGAUUUAGCACAGCUGUUUUAAAAUUUAUCUGCAGCAGAUUUAGUUAUCACUUUAGAGCGAGUAGGUAUGAAUGACACUUGUAGCUAACUGGUUGUCGACAAUUUUUAAAUGUGUUUCUUGGCCAUGGCUGUGGAAACAAAAAUAAAGAAGACUAGUAUUCAUCGAUAUCUUUUGUAAUUACGAUCAAUUCAUCUGAUCUGGUAUGAAAUCGAUAGAUCUAGUUUUACUUCUACAACAAGAAAUUUGCAAAACAUAUUUCAACAUGGUUAUAUACUUUAAUAAUUUCGCCCUGUGUGUGAACAAAUAUUGUGUGUUCAAAUAAAUACAUGCCAAAACGUGUAAUUCAUUCCUAAAAAUGACAUAAUGACGUUAGGCAUUUGUGGCUUAAUUUUUUUUAAUUAUUAACCAUUUACCUUCCUACCCGUCUUCCUGUCUAAAAUAGCUAGUUCUUGAAUAAGGGGUACAAAGCAUUUCACUUUGAUUAUAGUUCGCAUAGACAUCAUGCUAAAUAUCAGGAUGUUAGAAACCGUUUUGUUUGAAAUGUCAUGAAUAUGUAUUACAAACAAUAUAAAGAUGUGUUGAUUUUAGAUAGCGACGCAUUAUUGAUAAGCACAUAGGUAAAGUAUAUAUUAAUCAGUAUUUGUAAAUCAGAUAUGGCGCAGAUGCAGAACAGGUCGGCGAACACACCUAUUAUUUGUAGAGAUUGAGGUUGCGUAAAUAUUGAAAUUUAUUACCAAGAAAUUAUCACUGUGUGAAUGAUGCUCUGUGAAAUCGAAUAUUAAAGCCUGAAAUCUUUCUCCUGGUCUUCGAACUCGUCGAACGACGAUUUAGUAUCAGAUGUAUUUGGACUUUAGGAGUUGAUUGGAUUUUUAAUUUUAGUCAGCAAUAUAAUAUCUCACGAAUAAGUUUUCUUGUAAAAACAUGAUUUAGUUUUAAAAGAUUCAAUAUGAUAAAUUCAUCUCAGUAUGUAUAUGUAAAUAUUAAUACGGAGUACACGCACAAGCAAGUGGCUCAGCUAUCCUGUGAACUGUAGUAUAAUUCCUAAUAAUAUGAACGUUUGUAGCAUCGUUACGGCGCGUUAGAUCAAAUAAAACGACAGACAUAAUAUACCGUUUGUCAAUAACGUUUUAUUGCAAGAAAUUGAUAGUGAAUGUGCCUUGUUUGAGUAUCGAUUUGUGCAUAUUUUUUUAAACCUGGUAUUCAGUCAUUACGUUAGGGCUAUUCAAGUCAGCGCAGGUGGAAUCAAGUCAAGUCGUCAAUAAAAAAGGAAAAUCCAUUAUUUCUAUUGGGAAUAUGGUUAGAUACAAGAUCUUACAGCCUUCUCUUGUUCGGUUCACAACCCAGAAGAUACAAAGUACUUUUGAUAACGGCUUAGAUUGCAACACAACUUUACAAAACAUACUAAAAGGAAGCACUAAUCCGGAAAAUGUUGCACCUAUGAGAGUUUUCAACCUAAAGGGAAUAUAUUACACAUGCGACAAUAGAAGACUAUAUGUUUUUCGUGCUGCCCAAUACUUUGGUGCUUUAGACUAUAUUUCAGUUAUUGUCGCAAGUCCGUGCGAUUUUGAUUUAAGUAUUAUAUCACCUGAUCGCGAAGGGAAAAUUAUUCAGUUUCAAAACAAAGGACAAGUUUUCCCUCAUUGGAGCGAUGAAUGGACUUUUUCUCCAAAAGUAGAUCGUAAAACCGUAUUAAAACGUACACCUUCAUCACCUCGAGAUGAUUCAGUACAACAUUUACACUCAUUUAAAAAAGAUUCGCAAGACGAUGAAAAAAGUUUGCUGGAUACGUCCUCAGAGAGAAAAUUGUGUCAAUGCUGCGUACAUUAUUUCUGCUGUUUUUUUCAAUCAUACGACGAUUUGUGACAGUUUUCAUACCUGUACUAAAUGUAUAUUAUAUAUAAAAUCACAAUA